CCAUAGUCUCUACAUGACUAUUCUUCUUCAAGAAAAUAGUUGCAGAGUCAAAUUUAUCACACCAAUUAACUAUCCCCACGCAGGAAGAUUGGGGGCUCUUGGUUUCAAGGUUUCAAGAAAUUGAUCUUGACCUGUGGACACAUGAUGUGGCCAAAUAUUACUGCAGCCCCUUUUUUGCUGACUGGCUUUCCAGGGCUGGAGGCAGCUCAUCACUGGAUCUCCAUCCCCUUCUUUGUCAUUUAUGUGUGCAUCCUUCUGGGCAAUGGCAUGCUCCUCUACCUCAUCAAGCAUGACCACAGUCUUCAUGAGCCCAUGUACUACUUCCUCACCAUGCUUGCAGUCACAGACCUCAUGGUGACAUUAACCACAAUGCCUACAGUAAUGGGUGUUCUAUGGGUGAAUCACAGGGAGAUCAGUAGUGUGGGCUGCUUCCUGCAGGCCUACUUUAUUCCCUCCCUUUCUGUUGUGGAAUCAGGUUCCCUCCUGACAAUGGCAUAUGAUCGUUUCAUUGCCAUCCGCAAUCCUUUGAGAUAUGCUUCUAUUCUCACCAAUACUAGAGUCGUAGCAUUAGGAGUGGGAGUGUUUCUAAGGGGUUUUGUAUCCAUCCUGCCUGUAAUCUUGCGUCUUUUUUCAUUUUCAUAUUGCAAAUCUCAUGUUGUCACACGUGCUUUCUGCCUUCACCAAGAAAUCAUGAGACUGGCUUGUGCUGAUAUAACUUUCAAUAGAAUUUACCCUGUAAUUUUGAUCUCUUUAACAAUUUUCCUAGACUCUCUGAUCAUUCUCUUCUCCUAUAUUCUAAUUCUUAAGACUGUUAUAGGCAUUGCCUCCAGUGAAGAGAGAGCCAAAGCCCUCAAUACUUGUAUCUCCCACAUUAGUUGUGUUCUUAUUUUCUAUGUUGCAGUGAUGGGUUUGAUAUUCAUCUACAGAUUUGGAAGGAAUGUGCCAGAGGUUGUCCACAUUAUCAUGAGUUAUAUCUACUUCCUCUUUCCUCCUUUAAUGAAUCCUAUCAUCUAUAGCAUCAAGACCAAGCAAAUACAACAUGGUAUUAUCCGCCUUUUAUUGAAACAUAAGUUUAGUAGUUAAACUCGGGUCUGGAGAAUCAGACACAGACACAAAAAUGAAGACAGAAUGAAAAACUAAAGCCUGGACUUCUUUCUUAGCCAAGAGCAAGAAUAUAUUGGAAGACAAUGUUUCACUCAGAAGGGCUUAAGGACUUUACUAUAGGGUUGGGGCAUAGCCUAAGAUGCCUGGUGACAGAAGACUGAGUAGACUGCAUGGAACUGAAAAACUCCAUAUUUAAAUUCCUCUUUCCAACGCACCUGAAAUUAACCACUUCGGUGAAAUUUGAAAAAAAAAGACAGAACAUAUAAUCUUUUUGAAAAACUUUUGCAUCAGUGUGCAUACAUGUUUAUGUGUUUGCAUAGGCUAGUGUACACAUGUGUAAAAUUUUUUUGAUCAUCAUUCUCUGGAAAUAAAUUCUUAAUUAAAAUUUUCGUUAUUCUCAUGGCAAAUAUAGUGAAAAGAAAUUAACAUUUUAAAUUUACUUUUAAAUAAGUAAGUGUUGGUUAUCUUUUUAAAUGUCCUCUACCCUGAGUUAGAGUACUUUCCAGGGCCAUGAUUUGCAUUUAAUAUUUUUGAUAUAGUCAUAAGUCACUUACAAAGUAUUUCAAUAAGAGUUUUUAAGUUUUCAAUACAUUUAUUACAGUAUGGCUGGAUUUUAUAAAAAGUAUAUCUCUUUACCUUAUUCUUCUUUAAAUAUUCUUUUGCCCAAACAAAAUCUUAGAAGGGAAAACCUAGACAAGCUUCCUGUCAGCUUGCAAAAAGUAAGAAGUGAGUUUAUAAGGGUACGUUUGCUCUUCAGAUGAUUUUAACGUGCUUUUCCAUAGAUCUUUGAGGAAGCUCAUAUAAAAUUGAAAAUAAUCUAUGCUUGAUUCUUUCUCUCAGGUGAAAUUGUUGAAUCAACCAUUCUAUUCUAUUUAUUAAAAUCAAAUAAAUGGUCUUUAAGAUUUAAGAUACUUUAUACUAGUAUGUACAUGUAUAAUUGUGUUUGCAUGUGUGUGUGGACAUCUGCACGUGUGGAACAAAUCUUUCAAUAUUUUAUCUUAGAUAUAAUU